GGCCACGACAAGGUGUUGAAAGUGUGCUGUAAUCUGCUGGUUCUCAAACGUAUGCCAUGCCUUGAUUGUGCAUAAUCGUCGAACUUCUGCACCAUCGCACUCGCUCGACUGUAAUAAAAGCGUACAUCAACACCACCUUCGAAAUCCGAACACGAAGCAAAAAAAAAAUCAUGUUUGCCUACUACGUGUUACUUGCCUUGCUGGUCAGUGUCGUGUUGGCCUGCAUUGGCUUCUUCGGUCGCGACAGCCAGUACGCCAGGAAACGGCAACCCAUUGGAGGGUUCGACGACUUUUAAACACAUGAUCGCGGAGGUUGGUCCGUCGUGAGGAGAUUCAACAUCGUUGAUUCUGGUUUAGUUUAGGCCGAGCCAGGUUGGUAUAGAACCAGAAGUACAAGAAAGGUGUGAGGCUGAGCCGUUCUGUUCGAAUCCUCUCAGAAGCACCAUGCGAUGUGCCGUGGAGGAACGGAGGGCAAUAAAGCAGUGUCUCGCGGCCGUGAAGAUGCGGCCCCGGCACGAAGUGCACAAGAACCACGAGGUGAUGCUGCAGCAUGGACGAUCAACAUUAACAUACAUGGUGGACCUAAAGAACAUCGUCCAGGAGCCAGAUGGUCCGGAAGCUGCAGAUGGCGCCGCAAAACAAGAACACGAGGACGAAAGCGAAGAUUUCGUCUGCGGUCUUUCUUCCCACAUUUUUUGCCUCCGUCCGCGUGGGGUAAACUCAAGAACAGAAGACGUUCCGUCACGUACCAUUCCAGGUCCAGUCACGACCCCUGCAACGCGGGGGCCCUCUGCGCUCUUUUUUUUCGCACCGCGGUACUAGCAUGUUUUUACUUUUUUCUGUGCGGAAAUGAGUUUGCUCUCGCCUGCCUGUACGAAAAGGUAUUGCAUCCAGAGGAAUGGGAGCACGUGGAAUACUACGCGGGUUUUCUGGAUUCCACGGUCCUACCGACCGACCACCGAAAGUUUUGCUUCGAACUCUACUCCCGAUUGGUUCAGGACGGACUGUGCAUUUUAUCCGCACCACCGGACUACUUCAGUGGUCAUGUUGGGAGUGGAGGCGCAGCCACAGACUCUUCCGCAGCUACUGUUUCUUCUAGCUCUGACCAGCACGUCGCGCGGGCACAAGAACUAGCAGACCACGAAGGCGGCGGUAUCAAGCCUGCUCCUGGAAUAUCGACCUCCUCUACUGCCGCUGAUUUUCCGAAGUUUUCAAAAUCCUGGUACCAGUUCCUGAUUGCGACGAUUUUGGUGAUAUGAACUGCAAAAGUAUCGUAUUCGUAUAAAUGCAUUUACACACAUGAGAAAUAAAAUUUGUAAUGCGAAUUUACCUUAAGAAAAAGAUUGAUUGCAAUACGAGUACUGUGCGAUACUUUUGCACAGGAUAGGUGAACUCGCUGCCACUGGUCGAGAAGCAGCUCGGUGCGACCGAAACCCUGAACGCCUAUCGUAUCCUCGUCGCACUGGCGGAGGGGAACCUGAAUGUGUUGCAGUGGGUGCAGCCGCUGGUGCCCUUGGUGUAUGGAGAACGCUUGCGGGAGGACGGCACAGAAGAAGGCCAAUCAGGAGAACAGCUGCAGUCGUGGGGGAAAAUGAAAAAUCGAAAUAAGACCACAGCGAAUUCAUGUGCCGGCGCAACAAAUCAGGGUUCUAGAAGUACUACAACUUCCGAAGAUGGAAAUAGAAUCAGCAAGAUGAAAAAAACCGUCUAUGUGUACGACAACCCGACCGUCCAAAAAUACACGAACCUCCGGCUCUCGACGUCCUUCGGACAGGAAGGCAUCGAGGUUCUGCUGCACCGGUGGCUCGAGCAGUCCUUCUGCCGUACCACCGACCCCGAUCUCGCCGACUUCUUUUUCGUCCCCUUCUACCACAAUGGGUACCAGCGCGAGGCGUUUGACCCACCGUUGCAGGACAGUACGGAGGUGAUGCGGGAAGCGUACCGAGAGCUGUUCCCCACGUUGCAGUACUUCGACAGCUUCCGCAAAAAAGACCACAUCUUCCUCUUCGCGCACGAAUUCUGGGGGGCUAGGGAGCUCGUCGCGCAUCCGGAGUUGCGGGUGGACAAAGCGAUCUUGCUCGUCGUCGAAUCCAACCCGCUGGACAUGAUCGACACCAACGCUAUCCAGGAGAAAACACCCAUCCACAUCCAAUUUGUCGUGCAAAACAUGUAUCAAGUCCUGUGUUUGUCAUGCAAAAAGUGGACGUUGAUGGGUUUUUUCUGUGGAUAAACGCCACGCAGCACUGUCUGGACUGCUUCGACGAGCGGAAAGACGUGGUCCUGCCCCAGCACAUCGAUUUCUUCGCGAUGCGGAAGUUUCGGCUGUAUCGGAAGCCGUAUGCGGAAAGAGAGUUUCUCUUCUGCUUCCGGGGCGCGUUGCAACAUUCCCUGUACGAGGAAACGGUGACGAAGCCGCCGUUUGACUUCGAAACGUCAAACGUGCUCUAUGGCGCUCGCAACUGUUACAUUCUCAGCUGUUACAUGAUUUGUCAUGCAAAAUCCCAAUAAGUCGCCAGAAGAUUAAGGUGCUUCGCAUGACAAAUCAUCAGAGAGCUAAACAGCAUCUUUCUAAAUCUGUUGCAGAUUUGUGAUGCGAGACUCGCAAGCCUGCCCCUUUCCAUAUUGCUGCUCUUGCAUCACAAAUCCAUGUAACAGCUGAGAAUGUAACAGUUGAGAACGCCAUAUGCUCCCCGCGAGCAAGAUCCGUGCCCAGAUUCAGCAGUGGGCGCUGGAGCAGGACAAGUUUGGGGAAAACAGUUUUUCCUACAAAACGAGCCUGGGCGGGCACCUGACGCCCGUCGUGAAGUACUACGAAACCAUGGGGAACUGCAAGUUCUGCCUCGUGCCGAAGGGCGUCGGCUACACGAACGGACGGGUUUUUGAAUCUUUCUUUAGUGGGUGUAUUCCGGUGGUGUUGUCGGACGCCUUGCGGUUUCCGUUCGCGGACUUUUUACCGUGGAAGGAAUUUGCAGUGCACUUUCCGUCGCGGCACGUGCGCCUCGUGCCGGAAUUUUUGCAGCAGUUGGACGUCAAGGGUAGUUCAUCCGGGGGUGGUCAGGAGCAGGUAAGAAGAACUGAUAGCACUUUCAAGGAUUUCGAUUUCCCUUUGCAGAGCCCGCUGCGUAGUCAUCUUGUCGAACUGAAGUGGCUACUUGCUUAUGUUACAUGCUUAUUUGGGUUUGCAGUGUAUUUCAAUUUCUACGUUUUGUUUAUGUUUUUUCGCUGGAUCCAUUCUGCGAGCGCGUCUAUCAAUCAUUUCGACUCGUGCAGAACACUCGUAGGUUUUCGAAGGAGAAGCGAGAGGACAAGCGGCGAAAAGUUCCUGGCCCAAAUCUUUGCAAGAGCUUUGGGACACGCUGGUGAGCUUCGGGCCCGUGCGUGGUAUGCAUGAGAAAUUGGAAAAAUUCUCGUGCUGGAUAGAUUACUACAGUGAAGAUCCGAACUGCAGUCCGUAUGAAGGAAUGUUGCGCCAAUUGCGAAGAAAUCGAGUGACACUUUUUCAAGACUAACACCAG